AUGGAAUCAUUUGGCGGGGCUAUAUGUCGAGAGUCAGUAUUUGUUGCGCAUUAUGAGCCCAGAGUGGCAGUUUAUUUGAGGGAUCGUCGAUCGCAAGCCUUGACAUUGCAGCUGAAUGGACCACAAGCAUUACAGAACAGAAGAUCAUGUGGAUGUGAUGCAGAAGAAAGACAUAAGCGUUCGGUUGGUCUUCAGAACUAG